UGUGUGUUGCGCAGAAGGACGGCGGCGUGCAGUCGACUGGUGUUGUACGGGAGUUGCCCCGCAAGGGACAGAGUGGUGUGCAGGCGUACACCGUCGCCACACAGGAGAAGAAUGAGAAUGGAGGAUGGAAACUAAUCCGCAUUGAGGCGUUCACGAGGGACUUGGAGGACGAAUCGAAGUACUGUACGAAAGCUGGUCAGGAGGUCAUUGAUUUUGAUGGUAAAAAGGCCAAAUGUGAAGAAGCGGAGGUCCUCAACGAUGAAAGGCACAGGGAAUACAUUAAGAAUAUCAUUCCCGCUGCCAUCAAACUGCACGAGGAGCGACUGCGUGUACAACCCCAUAAAGGCAAAAUAAUCGUGCNAAUACGCUCGUGA